UAGAGGAACGAAUUCUGUAUUGCAGUUUGCAAUAGUCAUGUGAACUAAGACAACGUAGGCGUAAAUGAUGGGAAUGGUCAGUGAGAAUCUGAAAGGACUGAAAGCUGAAAGUGGGUUAUUUUUUAACUGAAGCCAUAAUUUUCAACAUAUAAAACCGGAAUCUGUCAAAAAAUAUGAAUACUCCAGCCGUCGAUCUCAAGGUGAUCGUUCUGUUGCACUGGAUGCUGUCCAUCUGGGUCAUCACAGCUUGGUUCCUCUUGAAUUACGCAUGGGCGAACUGCACAAUGCUGGCUCUGGGUGUAUGGGCGGUCGCUCAGAAAGACUCCGUUGAUGCGGUGGUCAUGUUCCUGUUCGGGAUGGCGCUGACCAUUCUGACAGACUCGGUGCAGCUUGGAUUGAACUACCCCGGUGACAAGGCCACACAUGAGAUUCAGUUCAGCUUCAGCAUGGCCAUCAUUAGCCUGCUGCUGAAGCCAGUCUCCUGCUUCUGCAUUUACCGGACGUACCGGGCCAGAGGUGGCAGCUGCAGCAUUGGAAUCACAGUUGACUGGCAGAACCAGCAAUCCUACCAGUCCAUCGACCCAGCUUCCACACAGUGAGGAAGACUGGGGCAGAAGGAGGUCAUAAAGGGCGCCUGUGGGCACAUUCAUAUAUUUUUUUGUUUGAUUCUGCAGGCAGUAUGGACUGAUGCAAAUAUUUUGAUUGACACUUGCCUUAGAUGAAGGGGUGUGUCUGAAUCCUGCAGUCAUAAGAAGUGUGCAAGUCUAGGUCUACGUAAAGGUGCCAGAAUUACUCAUUAGAAACACCGAAGCCAAGCAGAAUAUAUACAUGUAUUUAACUGUAGUAAAUCGAUAUAUGGAUACCACUGUUUAUAUUACUUGUCACUUUCAACAUCUUUUCAUUUUAUCGGUACAAGCCUUUCUUUGCCUGCAGAAGGUGAUUUUUCAUACAAAUUCUUUUGCAGUAAUUUGUAAAAAUGGUGUAAAUUGAAUGCUUGCAACAGGGUUGAAUUCAUUUCCAGGGAAACUUACCAUAUGAGUGAGGUAGGGUUAGGGGGAAACAUGUUAGAGUCUGUGGGCUCCUGGUGUAGCUGCUACAGGCUUCUGGACCAUGAGUCUUCGGAGAAUAACAGGAGAGAUAUGACCCCCUCCCCCCCCCACCAACAGGGGGCUCCUGACAGAUCUACCACCACAGUAACUGAUACACAUGUGGUAGAGAUUUCUGCUGAACUUCGCCUUGAUGUAUUUUCCUAAUGAUUCCCUGUUUAUUGUUAUAAUCUUAAUGAUGUCCUGCUUAUUCAUUUUUUGAGAGAUCUUAUGUUCUUGCCAUGCUAAUGAUGGAGCAGUGGUGGCCUAAUGGUUAGGGAAGUCCACUCAUGACUGAAAGGUUGCUGGUUUGAAUCCCUGACCAUUGAGAUACCCUGAGCAAAGCUCCCUAACCCUGCUGAUAAAUAAUAGCUUCCCCACUGCUAUGUCAAACAUGGGUUAAACGCAGAGGACAUUUCAUUGUUGUGUGCUGUGGUGUGUCAGCAACGACAAUUAAUCAUUUCAUGAUGCGUUAGUGCUCCCUUGAGUUAUUCUGAAUUAAGUAUAAAUUAGCUGGAAAGUUACAGGUGUGUCCUAGACAAGGCUGUGACCUCCCCAAUAAAUUCUGUUAUCCGGGCAGAAUGUUACGAGUUGGACGACUUCCGAUGUGCAAAAAAAGUAGUUAAAGUGUACAUGUCGUCUUUUGAAUGUUCUGCGGCCAGAUUCAAAUUCCCGAUUCAAGGUUGAGAGAAUGAACAGUUUGCUCCAAUUCCUUGUUGGGGACUUCAAGUCAAAGUCAAAGUAACGUUACUGUCAUGAUGCAUGGGAUUACAGAUCACACAGAUCCUCAGCCCCGCACACAAAGUAUAUCUUAUGCAAAAGUUGGUGUCAUGUAUAAAAAGAACCACUUAUGAUCAUACACUGAUGCAGCCAGCUUACCGAAGCCCACUAGCUGGUGUGAGUGGAUAGAUGUGCCCCAUUAACUAAAGCAUUUGUUAAUAUUUUGUAAUGAUUACACUGCAACAUUCUGUAAAGAAGGAACACGGAGAACCAUGUCUUCGUAUGCUGCAAAAGAGGGAUUGUUUCUCGCAACAGAUCCAAUGUUUUUCAUGCAAGAGGCAAGAAGUUUUGAUGUUUAAGUAGUAUUGAUUACAGUAGACUUGCAAAUUAAUAUACUUAGCAGUUUUGGAAUUGAAUAUAUUGAGUCAUGUUGUGUUCCUGUGAUUUAUUUCUCCAGAACUUUUAACUGGUCAUGGUUAUUCCCUAUUGGGGCUAGAGAAGUCAAAGGAGAGUGGACAGUGAAGGUCAAGCCUGGACAGUUUAUCUAUACUAAUUAAUCCAUUUUAAAUCAAGAAUCUCUACACCAUUGUCAUAGAACCCCUUCUCAGACAAUGUCCUCAUCGGGGACUGGGAAUUACUGAAACGGGUCAAUACAGCCGCUGAAUAAUAAUCAUCUGGCAUGGAUUCCUGGCUUAUUAAUAAACACACUUAGUUACUGAGUAACCAAGGAUUUCAAAUGAAUGACCUUGCAUCCCAAUUAGCAAGCAUUGCAUUUACUUGCCAGGCCUUAACAAAGUUGCCCUCAAGAUAAAAAUAGUCAUGUAUGAUUCUCCAUUUCGUCUCAGAAGGCACAACACGAAAACCACGACUUAAUCUUGCUCAUUCGCACAAGGUAUCACGACGAAAACUUCUUCAAGAAAAACUGGCAGUGUAAUAAAGACAUCUGAUAUGUGA